AUGGAGCGAUCUCCUCCAGCUCAAGAGCCUGCCCUAAAGCAAUUCCAAAAUAUGUCGUAUAACGAGUACAACCAACAAUACUUCCCUAUGCAGCAACCUGGUGCGAUAACCUUUCCUCUAGAUCCGCAUUGCGCCGCAUCGAUGUCAACUCCUGCUCAAUCAUAUAAUCAUGGCGGAAUGGCUCAAGACGAGCUUUGGAAAACUCAAGAUUUUGCGCAGCAGUUAAAUCUACCAUCGCAACCAUAUCAACCAUACAUUUACCAUCAAACAAUGGAUCUGUCGCAACAAUUUCCUUCUCUGCAGAAUGUACAUCAAGGAUAUUCGAACUUGAGAUCCGGCGCCCACUCACUUCCAAAUUAUACAGAGCAGUCACCUAGAAAGCGACAAAGAAUUAAUGAAGUUCCUACUACAAACCAGUUCAUGCAUACAAUACCAAAAGAACCUGAAGUCGAUACAACUAGCGAAUGUUGUAGUUCUUGUCCAAGUGGUUCGGUGUGUGCCGAAUCUGAUUGUGGUGAAAAUGAUGUUGUUGUUGCUUGCACCUCUCAGGAGUGCGAACAACCCGUCUGCACUUCCCCAGAGUGUGAGCAGCCUGUCUAUACAGAACCUUGCACUAAAGAUAGCGCCCUCAGCAGAAGGUGUUCAGUUGUUGGAGAUAAUUUACCUUCUGAUAGGAUGUAUCAAAGUUGGGAUAACUUUCCUGCAAUUAUGCCAAUAGAGCAGCAACGACCUUCCAGAAUUCAAUCUUUCGCGCCAUCGACAUCAGGAAACAACCAAGCUCCGCAAGAGAUCUCACCCUCUCCUGUACCAACGACACCAUCUCUAGUCAUGAAUAUGGAAACACCUUGCUCAGAUAUGACAUCCUUACAAAUACCUGGACUUCCUAUGCAGCAACUCACAGAUAAUAUGUCUGGUUCCUCGCUCAAUGGUACUGGAAUGCGCUUUGGUGAUGGCUUGGAAAUGUUCAGUUGUAACUGGCUGGACUGUGGACAGCCAAUGCAUGAUCAAUUUGAAUGGCAUAGGCAUUUUCACCAGGAACACAUUGAUCCGCAAUUUACAUUCAAUUGUCCAAUGCCUUCAACAUCUUGUCAAGCACCACUCAACUCGAAUCCUUUAGAUCACUUACAGAUAAAUCAUGGUUUUACAUUCGAGGAGAGUAUAAACGGAUUUCAAUGUCCUGCUCCAGGAUGUCCUACCGAAGAGAUGUAUUGUGAUCCUUCAGUACUUCACAAUCACAUUGAUCAAAUGCAUGCUAUACCUCUACAAGGGCAACUACAGUGUCAAGUUGAUUCUUGUAACACUUUAUAUCAAGAUACAAAUCAAUUCUUCAAUCAUUUGAAUCAUGAUCACAAUUUACCAAUUCCAAUGACUCCUGUCGAAGAGAUUGAUCUUUCAAGUAUAUCUGUGUCAGUAGAAGCAAAAGCGGAAGAAAAGGUGAAAGAAGAGACUGCUUCGGUAGCAAAGACCAAUGGAUCAGAAUCAACUAAUCAUCUAUCUUGCAAGUGGGCAGCUGAUGGUCAAUCUUGCGGUCAAGUAUUUACUUCAGAAGAUGAUCUUCAAAGUCAUGUCAAGGAAGUUCACUUAUCUGUCUUGAACAAAAGUUCCGGUUACUUUUGUAAAUGGCAAGGGUGUUCUCGAAAAGCAAAAAUGGGUGAUAAGGAAGGAUUCUCCCAGAGAGGAAAACUUGAAAGACAUAUGGCUAGUCAUACUGGAUUCAAAGAAUGUACGUGCGAUUUUCCAGGGUGCGGAAAAACAUUUGCAGCAGCACAAUCCUUAAAACAACAUUACCGUCUUCACACUGGUGAAAAGCCAUGGAAAUGCAGAUAUUGCCCCAAAUCUUUCCCUCAACAAAGCGCGUGCACAGUCCACGAGCGUAUACAUACCCACGAAAAACCUCUGGAAUGUUCGAUUUGCAAGAAGACCUUUAGCGAAUCAUCAAAUUUGGCAAAACAUAGAAAGACACAUGGGGAGAGAGGUCAUUAUGAAUGUCCGGAUUGUCCAAAGACUUUUCAUCGGUUGGAUCAGUUGAAGAGACAUGCGGAGAUGCAUGAGAGGAAGAGGAAGAAGGCUGACGAGGGAAGCAGUGGAGGCGGUGGGGAUGGGGAGGAGGAAAAUAGUGAAGUAACAGAGAGUUUGGCGGGGGAUAGUUUUGAUGGACAUAGUAUUAGGAAUAUGGGGCAAGAUGAUAGGGCUUAG